CAGUCACAAUGUACUCCUCCAAGGAGCUCUCGAACUCCACUGAGCAGGUCUGGAUCAAUGGCUCCGAAGCAAACUUCUCUCUGCAGAGACGUGGCGACGAGGAAGAGGAAGGAGAUCAGCACCCUUUCCUCACAGAUGCCUGGCUGGUCCCCCUCUUCUUCUCCCUCAUCAUGCUAGUCGGGCUGGUGGGAAACUCUCUGGUUAUUUAUGUCAUUUCAAAACACAGACAGAUGAGGACGGCGACCAACUUCUACAUAGCGAACCUGGCGGCGACUGACAUCAUCUUCCUGGUGUGCUGCGUCCCCUUCACUGCCACCCUCUAUCCUCUCCCUGGAUGGAUCUUUGGCAACUUCAUGUGCAAAUUUGUUGCCUUUCUACAGCAGGUGACCGUCCAAGCCACCUGUAUAACACUGACAGCCAUGAGCGGGGACCGCUGUUACGUCACAAUCUACCCUCUGAAAUCUCUGCGCCACCGCACCCCGAGAGUAGCCAUGAUUGUCAGCAUCUGCAUUUGGAUCGGCUCUUUCAUUCUGUCAACCCCAAUUUUAAUGUACCAGCGUAUAGAGGAGGGUUACUGGUACGGGCCAAGGCAGUACUGCAUGGAGAGGUUCCCCUCAAAGACACACGAGAGGGCUUUCAUCCUCUACCAGUUUAUUGCUGCUUACUUGCUGCCUGUCCUCACCAUUUCCUUCUGCUACACUCUGAUGGUGAAGCGGGUGGGCCAGCCCACUGUGGAGCCAGUAGACAACAACUAUCAGGUCAACCUCCUGUCUGAAAGAACUAUCAGUAUCAGGAGCAAAAUCUCCAAGAUGGUGGUAGUAAUCGUCCUCCUCUUUGCCAUUUGCUGGGGUCCCAUCCAGAUCUUCAUCCUCUUCCAGUCUUUCUAUCCCAACUUCCGGCCCACCUACGCCACAUACAAGAUCAAGACGUGGGCUAACUGCAUGUCCUACGCCAACUCUUCGGUCAACCCCAUCGUUUACGGUUUCAUGGGAGCCACCUUCCAAAAGUCCUUCAGGAAAACCUUCCCGUUUCUGUUCAAGCACAAGGUCAGAGAUAGCAGCAUGGCUUCCAGGACUGCCAACGCUGAGAUCAAGUUUGUUGCUGCAGAGGAAGGCAACAAUAACAAUGCAACAAAUUGAAUCUAACAGUUAAAAAAAAGCAAGAAGGAAAUACAUGUUUCUACAAAGAGGCGAUACCGCAAGAAGACAAUUACAUUAAAAUAAGUAUUCAGGAAGUGGAUAGUGGCAAAAGGAGAGACUAUGUUUGGCAGACAUGUUUUAGUUUUGUUUACAACUCAUCAACAAAAUGAUGUGGGGAAACGCAGACUCAUUAUACAUGUGGAAACUGACAGUGUUUGGCACAAUGUUACCUGUUUGACUGCCAAGGCCAGGCAGUGCUAUUGGCACAUCAUCCAUUGAGCUGCCACACAUAUCGCCAAACAACAGAAGACAGCCGUAAACCUCCCUGUAAGGCCAUGGCUGCAGAUUUGGUAUAAACUAUUCGGCAUUUGGACAGUUGCAGAUAUGAUGUAUUCUAUUAUGAGAAUAUUGUAUUUUGGAAAUGACACAAGGCUGAAUGUGCAUUUUUACAUGGACAACGAAUAUACUCAAACAGAUGCCAAUGGACAAUGUAAUGUGUUUCUAUCACUGGAGAUAAAGGUGUCUGCCAUUGUGGGAAAACAUUUCUUAAAGGUGCAGUGUGACAUUUUAUUUUCUUGAAGACAGGAACAUAAAAGCUUUGUGAACACUCUCAUGUCUGAAUGUUAAAUAUGAAGCUAGAGCCAGGCGAGAUUACUUUAGUUUAGCAUAUAGACUGGCCCUGUCCAAAGUUUAAAAAAACGUUUAAAAUCUGACCAGGAGCUCUACAGCUCAGAAAGUAAAGAAUAUUUGAUUUGUUAUCAAAGGCUGUUGUUCUUUUAAGAAAUAGUUGCAGCUCAAAACGCCCCAUAAAUAGAGAAAAAUCUUAGGAGGUGAAUACCUACUACUGUAUGAACCUUUUUUUGCAUCUUUGAUCUUCCUAAUUUCUGGUAAUUUAUCUACUGUCUGUUAUAAAAGCACACACAACCUACAAAUGUAAUCUUAAGAUUUCUAUACACAACAUAAACAGUGUUAAUUGGCUUAUUUCUGAAUUUGAGAUAAAACUAAGAUACUGUAGCUAAUACUCCUUAAUUCCAGCCUGUAUGCUAAUGUACGGUAUUUAGAUAAUAUUGAAAAUAAUGUAAAUAUUAGAUUUUUUUAAAUCUCACUUGGCACUUAAUAAUACUGACAUUCCAUUUUUUUAUGUAAUUGAUGUGUUCUCCUCUUUUUGUUUUCUUAAACACAACAUGAAAGCUCUCAAGCACAAAUCCCCAAAUGUUAUACCAUGUUUCUUAAAAAUCGGUCUAUUAAUGUUUCUUCAUUUGUUAUCUGUAGUUUUCAUCUGAAAUAAUGUGGGACCAAUUGUACCAAUACCUCCUUUUAGUGUGUCUCAAGUAGAGGAUAUUAUGAUGGAGUUGGUAACACAC